AUGUCUGAAACUCUACCUGCCGCGCCUCCUGCUCCUUCUCCUGCGGAGAAGACAGCCGUGAAGAAAAAGGCCCACAAGUCCACCGGUGCCGCGAAGCGCAAGGCGUCCGGGCCCCCGGUGUCCGAGCUCAUCACCAAGGCUGUCGCCGCCUCCAAGGAGCGCAGCGGCGUGUCUCUGGCUGCGCUUAAGAAGGCACUGGCGGCUGCCGGCUACGAUGUGGAGAAGAACAACAGCCGCAUCAAACUGGGUCUUAAAAGCCUGGUGAGCAAGGGCAUUCUGGUGCAGACCAAGGGCACCGGGGCUUCCGGCUCUUUCAAGCUCAACAAGAAGGCGGCCACCGGGGAUACCAAACCCAAGGCGAAGAAAGCGGGCGCGGCCAAGCCCAAGAAGGCUACCGGGGCGGCUAAGAAGUCCAAGAAAGUCACGGGUGUAGCCGCCCCGAAAAAAACCGCUAAGAAAACCUUGAAGGUGAACCCUACUACUGGGGCCAAGAAAGUGGCCAAAAGCCCGAAAAAGGUGAAGACAGCCAAGCCCAAGGCGGCCAAGAGCCCGGUCAAGGCUAAAGUUCAUAAGCCCAAGGUAGCUAAGCCUAAAGCGGUCAAGCCAAAAAAGGCGAUCCCCAAGAAGUAG